UACCGGAGACGGGCCGCGGCGUCUCCCAUGACAACCGCCGCCGGACAAUGAACGAGCUCCCGGACGGAGGACCAAACACGAGCAAAUAUGGAUUUCUGAAACGCGACGUUUUUCCCAAAACGUAUUCGGCUUUUUUUGACGUCGUAAUCGGUGAAUCUGUAGCGGCGCGUCAUGUAGCGGAGGCCGACUGCGCUUCUGCUGGGCGGGGAGCGACGGAGAGCCGUUCGGGGGAAUAUUCGCGCAUCUUUAAAGCUGGAUUGUGGAUUUCAGGCGUGGAUAAAGGAUGGAUGUAGGAGCGCUUGCAGCUGGGGACGGUGGCCCGAGAAGAGCGGAUUCGGUUGAGGGAGGGCUUGAAAUCGCGCCACUGGAAAUGUACGACUCGGCCCGAGCAAAGAUAGAAGCAAACCUCCGCUGGUUGUUCGCCAAAACGUACGGUGAAGAGCACAUCCCGGAGGACCUGCGGGACCCGUUCUACACGGAUCAGUACUGCGUGGAGCACAUCAAGCCGCCGGUGCUGUGUCUGCUGCUGUCCUCUGAGCUCUACUGCCGUGUGUGUGGACUCCUGCUGAAGGGCGAUCAGGCGUCUGCGCUCAGCUCCCAUCAGGCCGUUCUGCAGACGCUCGCUCGUCGAGGCAUCAGUGUCAGAGAGCCUGAUGACACGCCGGUGACACAUGACGACCUCACAUCCACUCCCAUUAAGAUGAGUGCUCAUAUCCCGCUGAUCGAUGCUCUGAUGAUGGCCUAUACGGUGGAGAUGAUGCCCAUUGAGAGAGUGGUGGCGAGUGUCAAGCGUUUCUCCACCUUCUGCGCCUCUAAAGAGCUUCCCUUCGACAUGGAGGAUGCAGCGCUCUUCUGGAUCAACAAGGUGAUUCUGAAGACGAGAGAUCUCUCUGAGAAGGAGCUCAAGAUGAAACAGCCAUUGAUGGAUUCACCGUGCCAUCAGAAGUCUCCCUCAAAAUGGUACUGGAAGCUGGUGCCUGUACGUUACCGCAGAGAACACAUGUCAGGCCAUCCUGUCCCACACCUGGCUGUGAUGGAGGAUCUGAUGAAGGAUAUUUGUGAUGGAGCGGCUCUGCUAGCGGUCAUUCACUUCUACUGCCCUGAAUACAUGAGGCUUGAUGACAUAUGUCUGAAGGAGGUGCCGUCUCUAUCGGACAGUGUGUAUAACAUCCACCUGCUGCGGGAGUUUUCUAAUGAAUACCUGAACAUGUUUUACCUGCACACUGAAGACCUGCUCUACGGCCCGCCGGUGCUAAAGAAUAAUGUAAUGGUUUUUAUUGCGGAGCUCUUUUGGUGGUUUGAAGUAGUGAAGCCAGACUUUGUAAAGCCAAGAGAUCUUCAAGAGGUCAAAGAUGUGAGAGCGUCUCUUCAGCCAAAGAGUUCCCGUCCCCUUUUGCCCAUAUCCAAUGCCACCAAGCGUAGCUUCUUAACCCAGUCCCCUUCAGCCGACUCCCUGGCGACAGCUGCCACUCCUGAUGGCUGUAUGCGGUAUUACUUGCACCCAGAGGAGUCCUUGUCUGUGACAAACAGAAGCCCCUCCCACAGCCCCUCCCACCCGCUUCUCCCACUGCGGCAGAGACAGCAGAAGCCCACUCAAGGGGACGAGAUUUCAGAGCUGAGGAACAGGUCAAACUCUUUAUCCCGUAUGGAUGGACUCGGACUUGGGCUUGCAUCACAACUUUCCUGGACAGAUCGGAAACAAAGGCCUAUCUCUCAAAUGGAGAUGGAUUGGGAACGUGUAUGUGGCGAUAAUAUCAGCUUGGCUCGUUCCAUUAGCAAGGACAGUUUAGCCUCCAACGUCAUUUCCAUUACUCCACGACACCGCAUCAAUGGCCAGCCCCUCCCCCAAACACGUCAAUAUGACAACCAGGAGGAAGAUGAAGAAGAAGAGCUGCUGGCUGUCAUUAAUCCUGAAGGCGCCGCUGCAUCCAAAGACAGUUUCUUCCUGGAGCCUUUACAACCUGCAGUCCUGCGACCAAAUAAGGAGAAAACCGGGAUUAGUAAACGUGAGGAGAGUGGAGAGGGGCGGGGUCAGGUACACGAAGGGCGGAGUCACAGUAGUGAUGGACGGAGUCAGGGACGCAAGGGGGCGUAUACACCCACAGAAUGCACCUUCAACCGAACGUUUACUCCAAUCAGUAGCACUGAUCAAGAAAGCUCUCGGGAACAGUCGCCCGGAAGUUUCUUCCUGCAUAGUGAUGCAGAAUAUGCGCGGGACAGUCCACUCGGAGGCUGGGAGGAUGUGAUCUCGGAUUCAGAGUUUGAGGAGGAUGAUGAUAUUCAAGACGUUCCAGAGCAAGAACUUUCUAAAGCGCUUCUGGUGAUGCAUGCUGGGAAGAAAUGCAUGGGUUUUGGAGAGGAAGAGGAAUCUGUGAAACUCUGCGAGGAUGUUUGUAUACGCGAACGAGAUGAUAAGGAAGGUGCGAGCGGCCGUGCAAGUCCUUGUCCCAGUGUGAUGUCACAAGCUAGUAGUACCUCAACUGGAACUGGCCGCAUGACGAGUUUUGCAGAACGCCGCAGGCAUCGAGUUGGGUUUCCCGAUGGUUGUUACAGCACCGGAAGCUCACAGACGACAACGCCUGAUGGAUCCGAAAGCUUGCAUUUCCCUGCAGAGGCAAGUCCGGGUACUCCAAGCGGCCGACCUGCGGUUGCUUCCGAACUUGUUCACCUACGAAUGCAGUUGGAAGAGAAACGCCGUGCUAUUGAGUUGCAGAAAAAAAGGAUGGAGAACCUGUCAGCACGCCAACGGUUGCAGCUGGGAAAAGCAGCAUUCUUGCAUGUGGUUAAAAAGGGGAGGAGUGACACACUGCCACACCCACUCAAAACAGAGAUUACGUUUAAAGAGAAGCCAAUUGCGAAAGACGACGCUUGCGUUGAGAUUCUGAAACCGCGAAGAAAGGACUCUGAGCAUAAAGAGACACCAUCAGAGGAGGAUAAAGACAAUCGUGUUGCAGCAGGGGGCGGAGCUUUAGAUGAAGUGGGUGGAGAGCCAGAUCUCAGCGAAUGUAGCCGCUCUAUUGAACUAUUAAAUGAAGCGAUCGGAGCAAUUCAGCAGCAAAUGAUGCAGCUGUCCUUCCAGCAGGACUUGCUUAUGAAACAAACCAUCCAGUCGCCGCAAGAACCCUCGCAAACCAAACCAAACACUGUGACGCCUUUAAACGAACAGCAGCCGGAGACUAAAUCUCGACUUUCUGUGCAAUUCACAGAAACGCUUUCGACUGCGACGAAACGUCCUCCGAGGCUCAGCUCAAGUCGUACGCCUCGAACUAAACCCACUGACCUCAAACUGAGUAAAGAAGCAAACCCUCGUCCUGCAGCGAAAGCAUGCACGCCGGGUGGCAGGACCCCCCGGGCAGAGACUGAAGAAGAGUGUGGGGCUAAAGAAGGUGGGCGGGGCUUGAAAGGAAUUAUUCGCAAUUCUACAUUCAGACUGCAGGACUCUGCAAACCGCCGUGCCGACAGCCUGGAGUCGCCUCAGACUGAGCUUCCGCCGGUGGAAGCAGCGCUUGUGGAUGCCACACGGGAGCGCAGCGAGUCUGGAGGCUCUGGAAAGGAAAACGUGCCGGUUUCAUCAGACGAGAACAAAACGAAAGCGCAGCUGAUUGAGGUGGACAUGUCUGAUCUGGCUGACCCAUCUGAAACUGGCACAGAACCUGAUGGAGAACAGAAGUCUGGACUGGGCUUUUUCUUUAAGGACGAUCAGAAAGCCGAGGACGAGCUGGCUAAAAAGCGAGCAGCAUUUCUCCUCAAACAGCAGCGUAAAGCUGAAGAAGCGCGGAUAAGAAAGCAGCAGCUGGAGGCCGAAUCUGAGCUCAAACGAGAUGAAGCCAGACGAAAAGCAGAAGAGGAUCGUGUACGUAAAGAGGAAGAAAAGGCCCGCCGGGAGCUGAUCAAACAGGAGUACCUGCGCAGGAAGCAACAAGAGCUCCUGGAGGAACAGGGUGCUGCCAAACCCCGCCCACGAAACCGCAGGCCACGCCCCAAAUCACUGCAUCGAGCCGAAUCGUCUUGCUCUGCCCCGGUCAGUCUCUGUUCAGCCCCGUCUGGAUCUUCUCUGUCAUUGGCCUCUGCUGCUACUGAGGGUGACAGUGUGGCAUCAGGAGGAGCCAGUUCACACAGAGGGGAGUCGGUGGAGUCUUUCCCCAUAUUGAGUCGAAAUGCAAGCCGAAAUAUGGAGCGAGACUGGGAUAACGGCUCCACAGCCUCAUCCAUCACAUCUGUAGCAGAAUACAACGGGCCCAGAUUAUUCAAAGAGCCAAGUGCAAAGUCCAACAAACCCAUCAUCCAGAAUGCCAUCGCUCACUGCUGUCUGGCUGGAAAAGUCAAUGAAGCCCAGAAGAACGCUAUUCUGGACGAAAUCGAGCGAUGCGAGUCCAACCACCUCAUCAUCCUUUUCCGUGACGGUGGAUGUCAGUUCAGAGCUCUCUACAUUUAUUCCCCUGAAACGGAGGAGAUCGUCAAACUCAAAGGCACCGGGCCACGCGCCAUCAGCCGCAAGAUGAUCGACAGACUCUACAAAUACAGCUCCGACCGCAAGCAGUUCACCGUCAUCCCUGCCAAAUCUGUGUCGGUCAGUGUAGACGCUCUCACCAUCCACAGCCACCUGUGGCAGGCCAAACGACCCAGCACCUCCAAGAGAAAAUGACCAAGCUUUCCAUUGCCUCAAUCCGCCGCUUUCUGAUUGGCUGCUGGGUUUUAUUCCGAUCUAUCAAAACUGCUGAUUCGCUAAUGAGCAGGCCUCCUAAAAAUCCUAUUGGUCCACAAGCUUCUAUUGGAUUCCUGCUUUCCUAUUGGCCUCCGCGCUGUGACAUUAGGAAGAAUAAGUGGGCGGAGCUUGGUGUUUGAUUGACAGAGUUACUGAAUGUGUUUUAGGAUUAUGUCAUCGUUCAGUGUUCAGUUUUAUUGAUUUAUUUUAGGCAGAAAUGUGCACUUUUAUGGUUUUACAGUAGUAUUAUUUUACACACGAGCGAAAGACAACACUUCCACUACUUGAAUUAUGAAUGUGAGUACGUUAUUUUUAUAUAUACACGCGUAUAUUUAUUUAGUUUUGCGUUUCUCAUACCUCUCCAUAUGCUGCUGUUCAUAUGGGACACUCACUUUAGCAGUGCAAUGCAAUGAAAAUGAGGUGAUUUGAGGAUCUGUGUGUGUGUGCGAGUGUGUGUUUGUAGACGUGGACCUUCAGCUCUUCAUGUUUUAUCAUGUAUUCUUCACGUUUUUGUCUUUUCUUACAUGUAUUCACGCUGGCUGCUGACAGUAUUAAUGUACUUUGGUAAUUCUCUUCACUAAAGAGCUAGAUUGUCCUAGAAACACAUUGCCACUGAUUGUGUAUGUAUGUGCGUGUGUGUGUGUGUGUGUGUGGUAAUGAAUGUAUGCACUCCAGGGUCUCCUGUGAGCAGGGCUUUCUGUUGUAUAUGUUUGGAUUGUACAAAACGUUCCUUUAACUUUUCUUUAUUAAUAUUAUUUACCAUAUAUUUAUUUUAAAGAGGGACACUGA